AUGUGCGUGCUGACCAAUGUUACAACACUGGUUCUCAAAGGAGGGUAUCUUGGACUUACCGAAAAUCAGAAUAUGAACUACUUUGAAAGAUCAAAGGGUUCCUACAUAAACCUGUUUCAACCGUACGCUAGACAGGUACUUAAUGAUCAGAAGACUUAUUUUGCUGUGUUCCACAACAUGACGCUCGAGAAAUGUGCACUAUUCUGUUUAUUAGAGACACGGGACACGUGCAUGUCUUUCUCUUUUAGUGAAAAGAAACAUGUGUGUGGUCUCAGUAAGGUCUUCUACACUGACGACAAUGGUCAAAAGCUUGUGAGCUCGAGCGAUUAUAAUCAUUAUCAAUAUUUCUCAUCAUGGCCGUGCAACGCUACCAUACCAUGGAAUUAUUCGCCACGUGCUAUUGCGUCACCUUAUUUCCCCUAUGCGUCGGUUAAAGACGUCAACUGUCACCUGAAAAUAGAAGCUCCACUAGGAAAGCAAGUUGAUCUGGUGUUUUCGACCUUCUUUACUCAAGACAACUUGUGUCGUCAUCAAGAUGGCGGAAUUACUGUUCAUGACGGAACUUCCGGAAGUAGUGCUGUAUUAUCACGACUUUGUACAUCGGAGAACUUUGUUAAUCGCCGGUACCAGUCAUCAAAUGGAUACCUAUACAUAAUCUUUGCAACGGACAAGAUUCCCAUGGCUUUUAAAGCCGUUUACGAUUUCAUUGAAGUUGAUCCUUGUUUGAGUUCCCCAUGUAAAAACAAUGGCACGUGUCAUUCUAACGAAGCUUUGUUUACGUGCACGUGUAUGGCGGGAUACACGGGAAACGUAUGUGAAACUGAUAUAGAUGAAUGUGCAAGUUCACCAUGUUUAAUGGGUGGAUUCACUGGUGUACAGUGUGAAACAAACAUCAAUGAUUGUGCUAGCCACCCUUGCUAUCACAAUAUACCUUGUAUCGAUCUUGUGGACGAUUACCGAUGCGAAUGCCCUCCUUUUAUGGCGGGAAAAGGAUGUGAACAAUUUGUGGGACGAUGUAGCGAAAACCCAUGUCAUCACGGAACGUGUAUUCCGACCGGAAGGUACAACUACACAUGCGCAUGUGACACUUCAUACACAGGAAGCCAGUGCGAUUCUCUUUUCAUAAACUACUGCGAUCCAAAUCCUUGUAAGCAUGGAAAGUGUUCCUCCUUUAGCGACGGACCGUCAUGCGAAUGUGAUUUUGGGUAUAAGGGAUUUCUGUGUGACCAGAGAAUCAAUUACUGUGAGGGUAUCAGUUGCACACAUGGUGAAUGUAUUAACAGAGAUGAUGGCUUCCAAUGCAAAUGUUUACCAGGAUAUCAAGGCAUAUAUUGUAACGAGACUAUUAAUCAUUGUUUGGAGGCGAACUGCGAUGGAGGAUACUGCAUCAAUACAAUGACGUCAUUUUUCUGCGUUUGUUCUGGUGGAAAAACUGGGCGUACAUGUAACACGGACAGUCGCGUCUGUGACGGGACAGUUUGUAAGAAUGGGACAUGCGAUUUAGUUAAUGGGGUGUCAGUUUGUAAAUGUAAUACAGAUUUUACUGGCACAGAAUGUGACUCUCCCAUAGAUUACUGUAUCACACAGCCAUGUGAACGUGGGACUUGUACAAGUAUUCAUGGAGGUUUUAAAUGCACAUGUGAAGACAAUUAUACAGGGGAGAGAUGUAAUAAUGAAAUAGACUAUUGUAAAACCAACAAAUGUGUUUACGGACUUUGCCAAAAUUUGGAGAACAGUUUCCAGUGUAUUUGUGCUGAAGGUUACCAUGGAAACCUUUGCCAGUAUAAACCAAAUGAAGUUGAGUCCACCUCGACUACUUUACAAUACCUUUCGACGACAGUUUCACAAAAUCCACACAUACACACUCUAACGUCAACAACCCCAAUCUACACAACUUCUAGAACCCCGGCCCUCAAAGCACCUGGCGUGUAUAUUUGUACAAUGAAAACUUGUAAACAUGGCAUAUGUGAACCGGACUUUCCCAACGUAUGUUUGUGUUUACCGGGGUUUACUGGGGACACGUGUGAUAUUUUUAAAGGCUGCUCUAAAUAUAACCCGUGUCACAAUGGCAAGUGUUUCGACACGUCCAAUGGUUUCAGAUGCCUCUGCGAAAAGGGAUUCGUGGGAGAAAUGUGCGAGAGAGAAAAUUCAGGUAAAUCUGCCAUCUGCAAAUUCAUAAAGGGUCGUGUAAAACCAUUGAGAUUAACAACACAUUAG